AUGUUGGACGAGCUGGACAACGUCUUCGACGACCAUCCGUCGCUGGAUGCUUCGCUUGAGGACUUUGAGAACAACAGCAAUGCGCACCGCUCCCCGCUCUUCGGAAUGCCGUCUCAGCACUCCGGCUUUCGGUCUGAAGAAUCGGACGGUGAGAUCGAUGAUCCCGCUGGUGACCGCUGGUCGCCGCCCGGUUUGCGCCAACAUGAUUAUGUCCAGGGCAGCGGCUGGUACCGUCACCAGCCCUACUUGCGCCGGGGAAACCUCCACGAGCGCUUAGAGUUGAAGCCCACUGUCGGCCUAAGCCUGUCGCCUUCUGUGUCGCGCGAGCCUAGUCCCCAGUAUGAGGAUGCGCUCGAGGGCCCUGGCAAGGGAAAAGCCCAGGAAGAUGCUGACUCGGGCGAUGUCGCAGUCGCGGCCAAUGUACCUCUACCCAUGGGCCCGGGAACCCCGCAGACAGGACGAUCUCCCAGCCCGCGACCUGUGCAGGGUAAUGGCGUGAUUCGCAACAGCCCCGAGGACGACGGGACGGGGUUUGGACCGGAGAACUUGAGUAACUACAUUCGAUUUGCCGUGCGUGCCGAAGUUCAACAUCGCGAGCCCAUUGCUGCCAUCUUUGGUUACCUGCGCAGCAAGUUUGAUCGCAUGACUAGUUCAAAGUCCAACACUACCCUGUCCGUUCUCAUUAUGCUGGUCUCCGUUGCGUUUAUGCGCGCAUUGCUACUCCCCGGUCUGCCGCAAUCGAUACCGGAUCUGGUUAAGCUUUCGGGCUUCGCGCGCUCUUUUGAGCCGCUGAUCUACUACUCUGAAAAUGGCGUCCAGCAGAUUGGCACUCUCCAAGAGACCGGAGUGGCCGUCUGGGACUUGAGCGAAUCGGUGCGCGGUACUAACAUGACCAGCGCACCUAUCAUCGUGCGCCAGCUAGAUGAGCUGUCCGACUCACUCAAGUCGCUCUCUCUCGAGUUGACACGGUUCUUCGCCAACGUCGAUUCAGACAUCGACUCGAUUCUGAUUGUGAUGGACUGGGCCAAGCGCGAGCUGGAAACCCUAUCCGCGCAACCACCAAGUACCCUCCCGACUAUUGUCUUCGACAACAUGCACAACAUGCUUUCGCGUCUCGGAGCAUUGGAGCGUACUACGGAUGUGGGAGGUGGAAUUGCUACCGCUGAAACAACUACACUCGGACACCUGGUGAUGGCUGUUCUCGGGCCAACAUCAGCACAACGCACGCGGGCCACUCUCACUCGGACAUUCGCCGAAUUCCUCUCCGUGCUCGAGGAGUCCAUCAACAGUGAACUCACCCACUCAACGGCCCUCUUCGCUCUCUUCGAAUCAAUCGACCGCCAGUUCCUGAAUCUGCAACGCACAGUCGUCCGCGAAUCCGACGCCCAGGAACGUGCAGAGGGCGAAAUGCUCAGCUCCCUCUGGACACGCGUGCUAGGACCCGAUGCCGUCGCCGUCCGCAAAUACGAAAAGAACAAGAAACUACUUGCGAACGUGCGCAGUCGAACCGUCGCCAAUAAACACCUCCUCGUUGAUCACCGCGGCCGUCUGCUCACGCUCAAAGUCAACCUGGAGACUUUACGUCGCAAGCUCGUGAGCCCACUUGUGCGCCGCAAUGAUUCUGUCAGUUUCAUGGGGACGGUCGACGGCAGCGGCACUGGAGCUGGGAGCUCCGCAGCCGGACGCAUGCUCGGCCCCGUCGAAGCCGUCAUCGACGGUCAGAUCAAGGGUCUGGAGGGUACAUACGACUACCUCCGAUCCGUCCGCGAGCGACAAAAGGCCAAAUUGAUGGAGAUGGUAUACGGGGCAGGACGGAAACCGUCCUCUAUGUUGGGAUCGGGUGGACAAGAAGAGGAGGGUCUUGCAGGAGUAUGA